AUGGUGAACAAGGCCCCGAAACCACAAAAGGCCCCCAAAGGUCCCAAACAGAAGCGAGGCCCCGGGAGCUCCUUUCUCAACUCCGAGGUCUUCCAAAAGUCAGAGCAACUCCUCAAGGAAAACAAGGACGCCAAACCCUUCCAGGAUAUGUUUUUCGUCCUCCUUGCCCUCCUUGCCAUCUUCAUUUGGCGUCUCUUUGUCGCCAAAACUAGCGACCCCAAAGUUGGAUUCUGGAGCGUAGUUGUCUUUGCCUCGAUCGCACUCAUAAACUUCUUCACUUCCUUUCUCGUCAUGAUCCGCUCUCGCCGCCAAAGCUCCGUUGCCUUUCUUAGAAUCGCCGAUGGCGAUAUCCUUCGCUUCACGAUCCUCUCUGGAGUAUUUGGAGCGUGGUUUGCCACAUUUUGGUAUGGGUUUGGUGGAAGCGAUCCCAAGUUCUUUCGGAAUCUUGUCGCAGCGUCGUUUGUCAACAUCUUUUGGCUGGCGGUUAUCGUGCAGUUUUAUCUGUAA